GCCGACGAUUACAAGGUGGUGUUGCCUCCCAUCCCAACGGGUGCAACGAUUUUAAAUUCAGUACUUUUGCACUGCGAUUUGAGAGGCCGACCCUAUCGUAUUGAAGAUUUCCGGCAAGAACUGAAGCGGUGCGCCGUCCUGUCCGAGAUUGUGGCGCUCGGUGCUUUCCAGAUGAACCACGUCUGGUUAGCCACGCUGCGAACGCCGGAAGCCAAGAAGCGGCUCAUCGACUGCAAAGAGUUGAAGGUGAAGGACCUGAAAUGUGUUGUCAUCGACCCCAGCAGCACGGAAGUCCGUCUACGCCUCCAUUGGGUCCCGUAUCAUGUGACCGACGACGCGGUGAGCAAGUUUUUGGAACCCUACGGCAAGGUUAUAGAAGUCGCACGUGAGAAAUGGCGCGUCGAGGGAUUCGAGGGCAUCGAGUCGACUACCCGGCUGGCGCGCAUGACGCUGAAGAGCGGCGUCACGCCCGACGAAAUGCCUCAUCAGCUGCGGCUUCAGGGGGCGAACGUCCUUAUCGUAAUCCCAGGGAGGGCGCCGGUCUGCCUGCGCUGUAAGCGUGCCGGGCACAUCAGGCGCGACUGCCGCGUGCCUAAGUGCUCGGUGUGCUCACGUUUCGGCCACGAGAAGGAGGAGUGCGUAAAGACCUACGCCCGAGUAACUGGUGGAGCGGCGGCGGAAGACCUUUCGCCCCUGACCAUGGAUAUCGACGAGGCUGAGCGUUCCGCUCAGGGACAACAAGACGAAGCUCCACCGUCUGGUGAGCCCUGCAGUCAUCCUGUUGGAGCGGACGGCUCGACUGAAGUCUCGCCUAGCGAGACUUCAGUCGAGCCGUCCGCUCGACUGAAGUCCUAG